AUGCCCAAGAGAAAGGCUGAAGGGGACGCUAAAGGAGAUAAAGCCAAGGUGAAGGAUGAACCACAGAGAAGAUCUGCAAGGUUAUCAGCUAAACCUGCUCCUCCAAAGCCAGAGCCCACGCCUAAAACGCCCCCUGCAAAGAAGGGAGAAAAGGUACCCAAAGGGAAAAAGGGGAAGGCUGAUGCUGGCAAGGAUGGAAAUAAUCAAAAUGCACACACUUCACAGAAAGCUGAAGGUGCUGGAGAUGCCAAGUGA